ACUUAAGCACUGACCUACUAACACAGAUCCAUGAGUCAGUAACCAGUGAGUCCACCUUGAAAGGAAGAGUCCUUGGGAGGAGACUGAGCUCGGUACUCGGGUACUUGUAGCUUUCUAUCGCCUCGCUUGAUUCGUUGUUGGCUGAUGGGAAAGUCACCUGUGGCUGAUACGCGGUGGAAAAGCAGAGAGCAGCUCCUCCAGCCGGCGGUUACAACAGACCGUCCCCCUCUUGACCAAAUUAGACGUUCAUUGGCUCUCAGGUGAUUUGAAUUUGACACCCCUGGUCUAACUCAUUUAACUUACAGUUCCCCUUCCUCUCCGAAUGAAUCCCGCCAGGCUGCACACCGAAUGUUAAAUGCUGCCUUCCACAGGUCUGAGACUGAGAAGUCCUCUCAAAGACUGUUGGAUAGCCUCACCCGAUACAUUUGUAUUUCCUCAAGUGGAUGAACUGGAUGUGGUAGUUGCCAUUAAUCUAUACACACAGUAUGUUGCACAGCUGAAGAGUCGUCGGCAUGUUGUCAGUUGUUGACAGUAAUAUGCAAUCAGUCAAACAAGAGGUGGACUCGAGUGAGUCUUACAGUGGAGAAGAUGCUCUGGUCCUGGCUGUGGCUCUGCAGGGAGCCAACAGAGACCUGAUGGGCUCCCAAAGAUCUGCAAUUCCAUUCAAGGCUAAAACCUCCUGUCGCAGGAAAAGAGAGUUUAUCCCAGAUGAGAAGAAAGACAACCUUUACUGGGAGAGACGUCGCAAAAACAACGAGGCAGCCAAGCGCUCUAGGGAGAAGCGGCGCAUCAACGACAUGGUGCUCGAGAACAAGCUGAUGGCUCUUGGGGAGGAAAAUGCCUCGCUCAAAGCCGAGCUGCUGUCGCUGAAGCUUAAAUUCGGCUUGGUGAGCUCGGCUGCAUAUGCACGAGAGGCUCAGGAGUUGUCCAGCUCCGCGGCAGUCAACCUCUACCAGGAGCUCGUUCCACCCUCUCCUGACCAAGGCUCUUACAGCAGGGACGUGGAACCUCUUCACUUGCGAAGUAGCUGCAUAUCAGUUAUCAAGCAUUCACCUCACAUGCCUGAGGCAUACACUGCAACUCAGGGAACCCUCAGCCUCUGCAGGAGCACACAAGUCAAGCAAGAACCAGCAGAGAAUGGCAGCUUUGUACAGGAGAGCAGCAGUCCCUAUGAGCUGUACAGAAACUGCAUGAGCAGCCCUCUCUCUGGUGUCUGCUCACAGCCCGCCUCCUUCCUGCAGGCCACCAGCUCAUCCAGUAACUCCCCCAGGAGCUCUGACGAUGGCGCUGUGAGCAAAUCGUCAGAUGGUGAGGAUGAGCAGCAGGUCCCCAAAGGGUUCAUGGCGACUGCAGCCGGCCCAACAAGCGUCAUUGUAUCCACACACAAAGUGCCCGAUGCCAGUUCUUCAGCGUUGCCCCAUAAACUGCGCAUCAAAGCCAGAACCACCCAAAUCAAAGUGGAGCCCGUUGACCCUGAAUACGAGUUCCCUAGAAGGUCCCGUCCAGUUGGCAGCGUGGAGGUGGGACGCAGCCACAGCACUGGGGACUGUGCGGAGCACACACAGCCUCCUGUGUGUGCUCUGUCAGUGCAGGUCACCAACAUGCAGGGUUGGAGCCAGUGCUCUGAGCCGUGGCACAGAAGCAGCACAGAGACACUGUGGGACGUCUACAAGAGCAGCAGACACAGCCCGAGCACCGCCUCCAACACAACCUCUAUGGAUGUAAGAGAACCUUCCUCGCUGGCUGAGGCCUCGGACCUCGACGCUCUCCCUUUGAAAAGACUGGUGGCAACACAGCAAGGUUCUGUGAUUGAGUCGAACAAGAGCGGCGCGCUCCUCUGAAUAACGUGUGUGUGUGUGUGUGUUUGUUUUCAUUUGCUGUUGCACUGCGUGGUUGUUUUUAGGGUUAAAUCAUGUUUCACUCACACGAGGACACGGGUGCAAACAAAGGCUACUUUACUGUGUACAAUACAUCAGCUGAUCAGAGCUGUGUCUCUAUCACACACACACGGGGCUCAGGGCAAAAUACCGUUGAAAUUUGCAUACCAGGCCCCCGCCUUAAAAACGCCAGUCUGAACUGGCUAGCUCGGCACCUGUAGCACACAAUUCUUCGUUUCGUCCUAUAGGAACCAUGCCAAUGUUUGCCAGGGCGACAAGCCAAGAGCUAUGCUAACUGACUAGCCUGUUUACAGAACAUGGACCUUUUUGGGUUUUUUUCAUAUAUAGAAAAUGCCUCACCUGGAAGAAAAUGAAGUAGAAACAGGCCCAGAUCAGAUGGAUACAGACAUUGUGACAUUUGUGGUUGAAAGAUGGAUUAGAUCACAACAUCAUCUGACAGAAGAGCACACAUUUUAAUGCAUUUGUCCUGUAUACGUUUGCGUGUGUGCGUGUCCAUCUCCAGGUCCUCCAGUUUCCUCCCAGUCCAAUAACAUGCAGAUUUGGGGAUUAGACAAAUUGAACACUCUAAAUCAGGGGUGUCAAACUCUGGCACGCGGGCUGUAUGUGUAAUUAUAUUUGGCCCGCGGGGCCAUAACGAAUGACCACUGGCCCGCCGGUAUUAUUCAGCUCCUGUUUCGCUAAUAUACACGUGUCAAUUUCAAACCCCCAGGACAGAUGUGGCCAACCACGUCAUUUUAUGUGGCUGCGAGUGCUUAAUUGAUCUUAAAAAAGUAAUAAAUAAUAAAUCUGUGUUGCUUUAAAUAGUGAAUUGACUAUAAACUACAUUUUCACAAUGCAUGGCAAUUAUGUUAUUAUCCACGAAAUGACAGCAUCCCGCCAAUAGAUCGCAGUGUUUACAUUAGUGUUUAAUUACUACUACAAGUGAGAUUAAGCAGAUUGAGAAAUAUCCACAAAUGAUCCUUAAAUGUAAAGGUAAAAGAUUGAUGCCGAUAAAAAACACUGUUUCAUGAGAAAUGGAAAGGCCAAAUAUGUUUGUGCUUUAAGAAAAAAAAAUGGUAUUUCUUUUGUGGUAUGAGGCGGUGUCGGUAAUCAAAGGGUAUAAUCUACCUUUACACCACGUACAUUUAAAAAACUUUGUCCAUUUAUUUUUAGACAAUGUUUUAAUCAGAUAUAUCUUAAAAACUAGAUCGAGCCCCAAAUGUUUCAACUUGAAGUAAUGUUUGAGCAAGCAUCAAAGUAGAACAAAUGUUUUUAAUUUUUAAAUAAUAAACUUAUCUAUAAAAUCUAUUUAUUUCAGAAAUAAUUUUUAUACAAAACUAUAUUCUUUUUUCCUAUGGAAAAGCUAAAAUACAGAUUUCUAAUGGAAAGACAAAAACAAGCCAAAUUAAAACAGGUUUUUUAAUAAAUUUUUGUUUCGGCCCGUGACCACUCCAAAUUUAUUAAAAUUGGCCUGCGAUGGAUUUGAGUUUGACACCCCUGCUGUAAACUGUGGAUGGUUGUUUGUCUCUAUAUGUGGCCCUGUGAUAGACUGGUGACCUGUCCAGGGUUUGCCCCCCCCAUCUUUCACCAUAUGUCC